AUGCUGGAGCACGCAACGCAUCACCAGCCCAUCGGCAGCCACUGCACAGACGCACAGCGCAUCACCAGGCCAUCAGCGCCACUGCACCAGGCACGCAGCGCAUCACCCAGCCAUCCCGGCGCCGCUGCGCAGGCACGCACGCAUCACCGGCCCAUCGGCACCGCUGCUGAGCACGGCCGCAUCACCAGCCAUCGACCCGCUGCACAAACGCACAGCGCAUACCUGACCAUCAGCACGCUGCACCAGGCCGCACGGCACUAUCACCGGCCAUCCAGGCCGCCCCUCAACACCGCUACUGAAACACACAGCACACCUCCACCAGCCACUCCAGCACCGGUACCUGAACACAGCACACCAGCCCUCCAGCACGCCUGCACAGGCGCAGCAUCACGCGCCCUCGCGCCGCUGCACACCGCGCACAGCGCAUCACCAAUCCCAGCGCCGCUUCCACAAGCCGCACGAGCAUCACCAGCCGCUCCGGCACCGCUGCUGGAGCACGCGCAGCGCAUCAUCCGGCCCUCCAACGCCGCUGCCCUGAGCACGCACACGCGCUCACCGACCCAUCCCGGCACGGCUGCGCAGGCACCUGGCACGCAUCACCCGCCCAUCGCCUGCUGCGAGCACACGCGCAUCACCGGCCAUCCAGGCUGCGGCUGCACGCAGCGCAUCACCAGCCCUCGGCACCGCUGCAGGCACGCAACGCAUCCGCCGACCGUCGGGCACCGCUGCACAGACGCACAGCGCAUCACCAACCAUCGGCACCGCUGCACGGAGCACGCAACGCAUCACCAACCUCGGCCUCGACUGCACAGGCACGCGAGCGCAUCACCGGCCCAUCCGGCGCCGCUGCGCAGAUGCUGGCGCAUCACCAGCCAUCGGCGCCUGCACAGACCGCACGCGCAUCACCAGCCCAUCAGCACUGCAUUUACUGAACGCAACGCAUCACCGGCAACUCAGCACCGCUGCACGAGCACCAGCGCAUCACCCGGCCCUCCAGCGCCACUGCACGACACGCACAACGCAUCGCAGCCCUCCAGCACCGCUACACAGACACACAACGCACUCCACCAGCCCCUCAACACAGCUACUGACGCAGCAUCACGCAACCAUCCAGCUCCACUGCACCAGGCACGCAACCGCAUCACCAGCCACUCAACGCCGCUGCCUGACGCACAGCGCAUCACCGGCCCUUCAGCGCCACUGCACCAGACGCCGCGCAUCACUGCCUCGGCUCGCUGCGCACGCAACGCACUCACGCCAGCCGUCAACACGGCUGCGCAGGACACCACGCAUCACCGGCCUCCGCGCCGCUGCACAGACGCACAACGCAUCACCGGCCGCUCGACGCCGCUGCGACGCACCCAGCGCAUCACCAGCCUCAGCGCCGCUGCGCAGACGCACCAGCGCAUCACCCGACCGUCCCGGCUUGCCACUGCACAGAGCACACAACGCAUCACCGACCAUCCCGGCGCAGCUGCACAGGCACGCAGCGCAUCACCACCGUCGCGCCGCCGCUGCACAGGCACACAACGCAUCACCAACCGUCAGCGCCGCUGCAGGAGCGCAAGCGCAUCACGGCCGUCAAGCCGUGCACCGGGCACACAGCGCAUCUCCGACCACUCGACGCCGCUGCACAGACGCGCAGCGCAUCACCGGCCAUCCCGGCAGCUGCUCAGGCACGCUUUAUCACCGACCGCUCCGCACCGCUGCUGGAGCACGCAACGCAUCACCCGGCCGCUCGGCGCCACUGCGCUGACGCACAACGCAUCACCGGCCAUCGGCGCCACUGCACCAGACGCGCAGCGCAUCACCGGCCAUCCAGCGCCGCUGCGGAGGCGCAGCGCAUCACCAGCCCCGCUCGGCACCAUGCUGGGCACACAACGCAUCGCAGCCGCAUCGGCACCGCUACUGGAGCGCGCAACGCAUCACCAGCCAUCAGCGCCGCUGCAGCAGGCCGCACGGCGCAUCACCGACCGUCAGCGUGGCUGCACUGGAGCGCACAGCGCAUCACGCCAGCCGUCCAGCGCGCACUGCACGGAGCACGCAGCGCAUCACCGAUCGGCACCGCUGCUGGGCGCACGCAGCGCUCCGCGAUAUCGGCGCCGCUGCAGACGCACCGGCGCAUCACCGGCCAUCCGGUGCCCACUGCGCAGACGCAACGCAUCACCGGCCAUCGGCGCCGCUACACAGGCGCACCAACGCAUCACCAGCCAUCGACGCCGCUGCGCAGGCACCAGCGCAUCACCGGCCAUCAACGCACUGCGCAGACGCACAAGCGCGCAUCACCAGCCGCUCGACACCGCUGCACAGGCGCACAGCGCAUCACCGGCCAUCGAUGCCGCUGCAGGCACGCAAGCGCAUCACCAGCCGUCCGGCACGGCUGCACAGACGCAGCGCAUCCCACCGGCCAUCCGCAUUACUGCGAGCACACAGGCGCAUCACCCGGCCCAUCGGCGCCGCUGCAGCAGCCGCGACGCAUCACCGGCCUGUCCCAGCUGCCGCUGCACAGGCGCACGCAACGCAUCACCCGGCCCAUCAGCGCCGUGCACCAGGUACUGGCGCAUCACCGGCCAUGAUGCACCGCUGCGCAGGCGCACGACGCAUCAGCCGGCCAUCGGCGCCGCUGCACAGGCCUGGCGCAUCACCGGCCAUCGCGGCGCUGCUGCGCCGGCAGACGCAUCACCGGCCAUCGCGCUUCCUGAACGCAGGCUUUUAUCCGCCGACCUCAGGCCGCCGCUGCACUGA